CGUACAGAGAAUUCACAGAAGAAGACGAACACGGAAGCGUCUCAGUAUUUCUAAUCUGAACGGUAUAUAUUAUUGUUAUUUGUCUGAUGCGAAAUGUGUACUGGUUGUGUGCAGAAACAGUAUCCCGACAGGGGUCAUACCUGUCUGGAGAAUGGUUCAUAUCUUAUGAAUUUUCUCGGCUGCGCCAACUGUCACCAGCGGGACUUUGUGCUGAUCAGCGACAGGACGAUGGUGAAUGAAGAUGAGGAGGAGAUUGUCACUUACCUGCAUAUGUGCAAGAACUGUGAUCAUGUCAUAGCAAGACACGAGUACACCUUCACUGUGGUGGAUGACUAUCAGGAAUACACAAUGUUGUGCAUGUUGUGUGGAAAAGCAGAGGAUUCCAUCAGCGUGCUGCCGGACGAUCCCAGACAAACAGCGCCUCUGUUCUAGAGUAUUUGCACAGACACAGAGAUGGGGAAUUGUCUUCUUUGUAAAGAGCAUGGUCAUGCAUGAUGGAGGGAGCCAUGACACAUGCAACGUUUUACAUACGCUUAGCACUGGAGAACGACACACUGUCACGUUGAAUCCAGGAGAAUAUACCGCAGAAUUCAUUGUGCUUUGUUUCUACUGAUUCAGGAGAGGCACUAAGGUUUAUAGCACAGCUCUGACUCAUAAAGAUACAUGAAUUUGAGAGUCAUUCACAAAUAUUAAACCUAAUUAGGAAUCA